UAUGCCGAAACACUACAUUUAGGGGAGGGUAAAGGUAUAUAUCCUUUCAGUUUUUUCGGCUAUUUCUCUCUCCCGCCGCCACUUCCCACCCGCAACAACCGCGGAAAACCAAUUUUCGCCCACACACGUGUCGGCCGCUACCCCUUCUACCUAAAACUGCACCUUCACUCCCCCAUUUUCCCCUCCUCCAAGUAAAUUUCCUUUUCUUCCCACUAUUCAAUAUCCUUUUUUUUUCUAAUUUUUUUUUGCAAAUCCCCCUAUCAAUUCAUUUUAUCCCUGUUUAUGCUAAAGGUUUCAUCUUGAACCCCAAUUGAAGGACCCCGUAUCUCUCUGUGGUAUAAAAAAAAGGAUAAUAGAAAAGAGAAAGGUUUUUGGGUUUUGAAGAAAUAGAUCAGAAAUAUUGAAAUGGCCUUCAACUUCAGCUGUGAGAGGGACAUAUUUGAUUGCAGCUCAUCGGAACCAGUCUCAAUGGACAUUGUUGACCGUUUGCCAUCUGAUCCUUUUGGGAUGGAUAUAGAAACUACUUUCACCGCCAUCACUGGGUGGUUGGAGGACUUGAAGGUUGAUUAUGGUGGUUUCAUGAGUAAUGGCAUGUCCUCUCAAGAAGGUUACCAUUCAUCUGUUGGAUGGAAUAUAAUUUGGAAUAAUUCUAUUCACUUCGAAUCACUUCCACGCACUAUUCAGUUGAAUGAGAGACUGAGUGCGGGCAUGCAGGAUUACAUACCCAACGGCUUUCAGUUUGACCACGAUCUUGAUGCAGCUCUUACAUUGAGUACAUAUGAGAACAUUGGCUUCAGCAAUGGGGGUGCUAGCUGCAGUCAUGAGAUGGGAUCCGGAAGGGAAGUUGAGGGUGCAUCUGAAUUUGAAGGAGCACCCCACGAAGCUUUUAAUUAUGUUCUUAGCUAUCUGGGAGUGAAGGACCUUUUGUCUAUAGAAAGGUCUUGCAGUUACUUGUCGUCUGUUGUCCGAGGGGAUCCCUUGUUUUGGAGGACUAUCCAUAUUGACCAGCCUCUAAAUGAAAGGAUCACAGAUGAUGUUCUCAUGCAAUUGGCUGGUAGGGCUCAGGGUAAGCUUGAAAGUUUGAGUUUAGUGGAGUGCCCUAAAAUCACUAAUGAUGGUUUGAGGCGAGUGCUUGAAGAAAAUCGACGAUUAACUAAGUUGUCUGUUCCUGGAUGUACAAGGAUUAGUAUAGAUAGCAUAGUGAAUUGUAUCAAAGCCUACAACUGCAAUAAUGAAUUUGGAGGUAUAAAACAAGUGAGAAUUGGUGGCCUCUAUGGUGUGAGCCAUGAGCAUUUCGAAGAGUUGAACUCAUUAAUGGGUUCCAUGGACAAGAAGUUUGAAACUGCGCACAAGCCACAUUUCUAUCACCGAGGGAACUUUUAUCUUCCACAUGAUGAUGAUCGAACAAUCGAUAUUGAAAUGUGUUUGAAAUGCGAGAAGUUCAGAUUGGUUUACGAUUGUCCAAGUGAAGGCUGUAGGGCUAAAGAUAAGUCACCUGAGGUUUGCAAAGCUUGCACUCUUUGCAUAGGAAGGUGUGCUCAGUGCGGCCGGUGUAUUAAUGAUACUGAAUUUGAGGAGACGUUCUGCCUAGAAUUGCUAUGUUCGGACUGUUUUAAGCAGCUGCCCUCGUACCAAGACAAGCUUGACGAGGAAGACAACUUUAUGGAGCUUGAUGUUGUGUAAGUUGUCACUUCAUCUUCCAUUAGUAUGUGGUUUUUAAAUCUAGGAGCAAGAUGAUACGGGGUAGUCCGAUUCAAUUGUUGGAUGCUUUACUGCAGAGAGGAUGGUGAUCUUGUUGGGGUGAGUUGGAUGCUCUACGGGAGAGGGGAUGAUGGUCUUGUUGGGGUUUCUAGCUUUUUCAGUAUUGGUACUAAAAACAGAAGCCAAAUGGGGGAGGAUAAAAAAGAAAAAAAGGCAUAAAGAGUAUAAACUCUUGAAAUAAUAGAAGUGUGAAAAACUAGAGACUGAAUCUGUUGACAUGGAGAAUUGCAUUGGAAGCUAAUGUUUAGUUGUUAAACUUUUCACUAUGUGGAAAGCAUUCUAUAUAAUAUUGUUAAUGGUCUUUUACUGUAAAACUCUAGAUUUUAUGCAUAUACCAACUGUUGCAGUUGUUUGAUGUA